UCUUCCGCGCAGCGGCGCUCCGUAGUCGACGCUGCGGCACGUGUUGUCAACAGCGAACUCGCGCGCAGACCGGGUGGCCCACAGCGUCCCUCAGUCUCCGGCCGUGUCUGUGCGAAGGAGCUGCUCACCCUCGCAUCGCGAUGCUGCUGACGGUGUCGAGGCUGGUGGUGCUGGCGUCGCUGUCGCUGUUCUUCGUGCUGCCGCUGCUGCUGAUGCUAGCACCGCUAGUCUUCGAGUUAGCGCAUCUAAUCUCAAACUGAUGUCACCCGCUUACUCGCCCACCAGGGCACCUCUAAAACUACCCCACGAACUAUAUCAACAUGUCCCAGUACACCCCUUCCUCAUACUCUAUCAACAUGGAUGGUUAUGACAAGCAGGGCUGCCUGCAUGAAAUAUUUAUUAAACAAGCCAGAUUAACUCCUCAUAAUAUAGCUGUAGUAACUCACGAUGGGCAACAGAUCACAUAUGAAGAACUUGACAGAUUAACUUAUUUUCUAUCUGUAAGACUACGUCAUAUGGGAGUGAAAAAGAACACUGUUGUGGGAAUUUUAAUGGAUCGCUGUCUUGAGUACACAAUCUCAUACAUCGCAAUACUCAGAGCAGGUGGAGCUUAUCUUCCAUUGGAAGUCUCUUAUCCCCCUUCAUUACUUAUGUCAGUACUUGAGGAUGCAGGACCUAUAGCAGUGUGCAGUAAGAAACAAUUCUCAGAUCGUCUUGUUGGUCUGAUUGAAGAAGAUAUGACCAUUCUAUUAGAAGGUGAUUGGCUUGAAAACUGCAUGGCAUAUCCACCAUUUGAAAAAGAAGCUGAGUGCUCCCUUGAUAACAUGGCCUACACUGUGUACUCUGCUGGAACCACCGGAAAACCUAAAGGUAUACAGUGUCCACAUCGUGGAGCAGUUUUUUCUUACCACUGGCGACAUCUUGCAUAUCCGUAUGAAGAGACAGAGCGAGAGGCCUGCAAUGUAUUUUUUGUCUGGGAAAUGCUAAGGCCACUGAUGAAAGGGAAAACUUUAUACAUUGUGCCAGAUGAUAUAAUUUAUGAUCCACCUAGGCUUUUCACAUUUUUAUCAAAGCAUAAAAUUACACGAAUGAUGUUCACUCCAUCACUGCUUCAGACACUACUUGACUUCAACAAGGAUAAUGCAAUUCAAGAAGCUUUCAAACACAUGAGGCAAAUAUGGUUCUGUGGAGAAGUUGUUACAAUGAUACUUAGAGACAGAUUUGCAAAAAUUUUUCCUCAAGUGAAGAUGCUGAAUUUGUAUAGUGUUUCAGAAUGCCAUGAUAUUGCAUGCGCAGACUUGUCAGUAAUACCUGAUCCAGAAAAGCGUAAGUUUUGUCCUGUGGGGAAGCUUCUACCAGGAGUACAUGUAAUUAUAAUGGAUGAAGAAUUUAAUAUUAAACCAGUUGCUGUACCAGGAGAGAUAUAUGUUGGAGGCCCAACACUUGCAAUGGGCUACCUCAAUCGUCCCGAUUUAAAUACUACACGCUUUAUCCCAAGGCCAGACCAUGUACCUCCAACUGUUGGUCCACGUCUAUACCGUACUGGUGAUUGGGGUUACAUGCUAACAGAUGGUAAUCUUGAAAUAUGUGGUCGCUGUGAUUCUAUGAUAAAAAUACGUGGUUACAGUAUUGAGAUACAGGCCGUUGAAGCUGCACUUUUGGAGUUGCCCAUGGUCAACAGUGGAUGUGUACUAGCACUAGGAGAAGAAGGCUCUGAUAAAUUUCUUGUUGCUUACAUAGUGCCAGAAGGUAAAACUUCUCGUAAAGCAGUGAGAGCAGCUCUGAAGAAAAGGUUACCAUUUUACAUGAUACCAUCAAAAUUCUUCUUUCUUUCAAGUACACCGAUUGUGGAAGGAUCAGGGAAAUUAGAUAAGAGAGCAUUACCAAAAAUUGAUGUAAAUGAAGACUGCAGUAUUGAUCCACAAGAUCUGCCAUCAACACCUAUGGAGCAUCUGAUUGCCAAUAUAUGGUGCAACAUUUUAAGAAUACCAACCAUUGAUGUCCAAGAAGACUUUUUCGACUUGGGAGGGCAUUCACUCCAAGCAGCACGCAUAUUAAAUGAAAUGAAUCAGAAACUAGGAGUCAAUUUAGUAAUGAGUGACCUGUUUAAACAUCCAACGGUUUCAUCCAUGGCAGCCUUUAUUGAAGACCCUGAAACAGUUAAUGGAGGUGAUCCAGUCCAGCUUGAUCUGGCUGCAGAAGUUGAACGUCACAGUCAGGGGAAAGAUAUAAUGGACAUAAGGCUUAGGGCCUUCUGGAGAUCUUUCCAGCUUUCAGGUACUAACUGGAGACGUGAUAAAGUGCUCCUGACAGGAGUCACUGGUUUUGUAGGAGCAUUUAUUCUGGAGGAACUGCUCCUGAACACAACGGCUACUGUGUACUGCCUUAUACGAGGUGCACCAGGAGUUACCUUGCUAGACCGUGUGAAAAAAACCUUGAAUGAGUACGGGAUUUUGAAAGGAGAUAAUGCCAGAUUAAUACAAGAGAAACUGAACCAGAAUGUUAUAACUAUUGCAGGUGAUCUCACUCUACUGAACAUGGGACUGAGUGAUGAUGAGUAUAUGUGUCUGUCUUAUGAAAUUGAUGUGAUAAUACAUGCUGCAGCAACAGUAAAUUUAAUUUACCCAUACAGAGCUCUUCAUGGUCCUAAUGUUCUUGGGACAGACAAUAUAUUGAGAUUUGCUCUAGAUAACAAGAUAAAACCAAUACAUUAUAUCAGUACUAAUGCAGUGUAUCCAGAAGGAAUGGUUGACUGUGGAGAAGACGAUGACAUGUCACAAUAUGCACAACACCUUAAAUGUGGAUACGCGCAGUCAAAGUGGGUUGCAGAACAGCUUGUUCUUAAACUUAGAACAAGAGGUCAUCCAGUGUCAAUUUACAGAUGUGGAAAUGUUUCUGGACCACAGGAUAAAUCUUGCUGGAACCCCAAUGACUUCUUUUUGCUCAUGCUGCAGAGCUGUAUUUAUACAUCUUCAGCACCAAACAUUAACUGGCAGAUUGAACUCACACCAGUUGAUUUUUUAAGCAAAGUAAUUGUAAACAUGACUCAGGAAAUUCAUUCUCUGGGAAAAGUCUUCAAUCUUAUCAAUACUAAAACAAUGGACAGCAGCUUGAUGUGGCAGCUUCUUAAAGUGGAGGGCUAUAACCUUGAAAUUGUUUCAUAUGAUGAGUGGUAUAAUAUCAUAAAAUGUGGCGUCCAAACUGGAGAUGAUCAUUCUGAAACACUGAAAGCCCUCCUCUAUUUACUGGAUUCAUAUGUCAUGGAUGCUAGCUACUUUUCUGAUCAAAGCACAUUCAGGCAAGAAAAUCUCAUAGAAGCCUUAAAAGAAAUGCGGCUUCAGUAUCCUCCAGUUAAUACAGACCUCAUGAAACUCUACCUGCAGAAUAUGUCAAAAGUUGGAUUGAUUCCCCGCCCAAAAAGGGCACGCAGAGAAAGUACUUUGCCUCUUUCUGGACAUGUUGCACUUGUGACUGGUGCUUCCUCUGGAAUUGGUGCAGCAAUCGCUGAGAGCUUAGCUUUGGCAGGAGCCAAAGUGGCAAUGGCUGCUCGAAGAGUGGAAAGGCUUAAACAUCUUCAGCUAGAAAUAGAAGAACAGGGUGCAAUGGCUAUUGCUGUGCAAAUGGAUGUCUGCAAUGAGGAUGAGGUGUGUGCAGGAGUGAAAAAAACAGAAUCAUUGUUAGGACCUAUCAGCAUAUUGGUAAAUAAUGCUGGAGUUAUGUAUUACACAUUAAUGAAAAACCUAAAAUUAUCUGAUUGGAAAAAAAUGGUGGAUGUGAAUAUAAAUGGUGUUUUGACUUGUCUGUCUGCAGUCUUGGGUGGGAUGGUAGACAGAAAGUGUGGACACAUUAUAAACAUAUCAUCUGAUGCUGGAAGGAAGGCAUAUGCUGGACUUGCUGUAUAUUCAGGCACAAAGUUUUUUAUUGAAGCUUUGUCAAGGUCGCUAAGGGAAGAAGUAGUGGGAACAGGUAUCAAAGUAACUUGUAUACAACCAGGUGAUGUCAAAACAGAGCUCCAUGGUCACUCAACAGAUGUAGAAGCAAAAGAGAUGUAUGAUGCCAGUGAUAAGGUAAAGAUUUUAACACCAAAUGAUGUUGCGCAGGCAGUAAUUUAUGCUCUUACACAACCUGAUUAUUGUGCUGUGAAUGAGAUUCUCCUGGAGCCCCGGGAAGCUCCCAUAUGAAAUGUGAUGUCAGUUUUUCCUUUGUAUGGUAGAUCCAAAAUAUUUUGAAUUCAGUUGCUUGUCUGCAUUACCAAAACUGUACUGCAGUCUAAGGGAGUUUGUUUGAGAAAGCUGACGCUGUAUGUAGUAUUACAAUUAAGUUAUUCAGUGUAAAUUGACUCAAUACAUUGUUAUAUUGUUUUGUUCCUCACCUUUUGUAGUAUACUAAAUAAAAAACAAAUAAAAUUUAA